UACAGAUUUCAAAUGUUGUCAAACAGUAGAUAAUUUCAUGGCCAAGAAUUACCAAAUUCCAAGAGUACCAGUGUGGUUGUCCGCUUCAAGAGUGUUCGAGAUUUUUGGUUUCAUUACUUCCAUGAUAUCCCUGAUUUCUUUCGUUAUAUUUUUUGAUGUGUCAGAUGUCAGCAUGAAGAUCAAAGUGAAGACAUUUACUGGAUCUUCCAGUAUGGCCACAGUGAUUACUGUUUUCAUUGGUGGAUUCAUCUAUGUUGGGGAAUAUUACAAAACAACUUGGAUGAGUACAGCUACAUUGUCAUCUUCGUUUGGAACUUGUAUGGUGGCAGGGAUUCUUCAUAUCAUUUGCUUUAUUCUCCUCGUCACAACUAGCAAUAAUGCAGUUCAGCCACUGGAUUUAAAUCAACAAUGGCACGGACCAGUAAAUGCAAUUGGGACAAAUGAAUUUUGGGAUGAAAUUUUGGAUCAUUCCACAACACCAAUGUAUUGGGUUAAGUUUGAGGGAGGAUACGAUGUGAAGAAGUAUCUUAAUCUUCAAGAAACUUGUGAAACGACGCAGGUAAGCAAACAAGUCUUUGAUGCUGUGAAAAUACUAACAGAAAGUACCUGGGAUUCAAAAUAUGCUGGAAUUGGUGCUGAUGCACACAACAUAAAUUACAAAUCCAUUGUUGUUCGAGAUGUUAAAAGAGUCGAAAAUGUGGAUCUCUGGGAUAACUACGUCCAUGAAAGAAAGAAAAUUAUUGGGAGUUUGCUCAGGAGGGGCCCUUUUGAGAAGUUAGAGGACAGAAGUACAAGAGGAUCUAUCCUUACCUCGCGAUACAUGAAUGUUGAACUUAAGAAAGAGUUAUAUCCAGAGUUAAACGAGUACCUGCUAUUCCAUGGUACAAAACUUGCUCUCGUGGACAACAUCAUGAAAAAAGGAAUGGACCCUCGUCAUGCCUCUGAGAGUACUAUGAUGGGACGAGGAAACUACUGCGCAGAAAGUUCAACCAAAUCCGAUCAAUAUGCAGAUACAUCAAAUCAACGACAAAAUGUUGGGCUUAAAAUGUUUCUGGUGCGCGUGCUCCUCGGUAAGAUUUAUGUGGCCAUUAGCCCUCACAAGUAUAAGCUACCUCCAUGUAUGACGUGUUUGACUGACGGGUGUAUUAACAAACAACAUGAACACUUUGAUUCAGUCGUAGCAGACAUUCAUGGUAAGAUUUUCCGGGAAGUUAUCGUAUAUAAUUCACAUCAGUGUUACCCAGAAUCAUCACAUACGACAGGAUACCUUAAUGGAUUGCGUGAAAUGACUGAAGCCAAUUGGCAAUUUAUUUGA